AUGAAUAAAUCUUCAUCAAUAUCAUCAAAUAGAAAUAGUAUACCAAUAUCAGCUUGUGGUGAUGUCAAACGAUUCAAAUCUGAAAAUUCAAAUUUAUGUACAAGGGUAUGUGUAAAAAAGCCUGAAGAUAUUAUCAUCUGUGAGAAACAAGAAGAACAUUAUUGUGGAAGACACGUGCUCCGUGUACUUUCACAACGACUUGAUCUAUUUUGUGACGAAUAUUUGAUAGAAGUUGUUCAAAAUAUAACAGCUGCUGAACAAAUAUGUCGAAGUGCUAUUCAUUUGGAUUUGUUUGUAGUUGCUGGUGGUUCUGUGGUUCUGUCUUUAUUAAUGCAAGCUGCAGCGGAAAAAGGAUCUGAUGUUGAUUUAUUUUUUCUCAAAGAGAAUCCAAAAAUGUUUAGAAGAGCUGUGAAUGAAUUGGAAGCACGAUUACAAAAUAGCUAUUUUGUUCGGCACAUUGUUAAUGGUAAAGAUUUUACUACAUCAGUUGUUAUGCAACUCACUCGUCCAACAACCACAUAUACCACCAUCUCACGAAUUAUUCAUUCAUUUGAUCUUGAUAUAUGUGCAGCAGCAUUCAACUCGAAACAAGUAAUCAUCUCUUUUAGCUGUUUGCAAGCUCUAAAUUCAGGUCAUGCAACGUGUUAUGCUCUUCCAAUUUCUUCGUCUGAAUUUGUGAGAAGAGUUUCACGUUUAUUUAAAUAUCAACAGCGAGGGUUUAAUAUUUUAUGUCCGAAAGAAUUCGAUAUCAAUGCAUUUCUUGCUACAGCUGUGGAAGAUUGUAAAGAAAUUCGAUCAGAACGAAUAUAUCGAUUUCGACGACAACAUUUUGGCGAUAACUGUGGUUCAUUUUCAAUACAGAGAAAUUCUGUGAAUAUUAUAAUUGAAAUUAAUUUUAAAAACAUGUAA